UGGUGAAGAUGGUGAUGAUGAUGAUGAUGAUGGUGAAGAUGGUGAUGAUGAUGAUGAUGAUGUAUUUCAGAUUCGUGGCGGGGUUUGUAGACCUUGGCAAAGUUUCUGUGCUGAGGACAGUUCCUCUAGUCCUAAAGAUCAUCACAGUCAUCCCAGGUCUGAAGACCACGGUCGGAGCUCUCGUCCAAUCACUGAAGGGACUCGCUAGCGUCCUCGUUCUGACGGUGCUCGUCCUCAGCGUCUUGGCUGUGACUGGUCUGCUGCUCUUCAUGGGAGAUCUCAAGAGCAAAUGUGUCAUUUGGCCUGAUUCUAAUAUCACUUUCCACGAUAUGACUACAGACCCUGUGAACUAUUACUUCCUGCCCGGUCAGCGCGACGCUCUGGUGUGUGGAAACAGCUCUGAUUCUGGGCGCUGUCCGGAGGGCUACACCUGUCUGAAGGUGGGAAACAACCCAAACAACGGCUACACCAGCUUUGACUCGUUUGGGUGGUCUCUGAUGUCUGUGGUCAGACUGCUGAGCAAAGACUUCCUGGAGAGCCUGGUGCAGUUGACGUUACAAGCAGUGGGUAAAGCCCACCUGACCUUCUUCGUGCUCGUCUUCUUCCCCGGCUGCUUCUUCGUCCUCAGCCUCGCUGUGGCGGUCGUUGCCAUGGCGACCAGUGAGCGGGAGGAAGCCGGCGUCGCCGAGCUCAAACGGAGAGAAGAAGAGUUCCGUCACAUCCUGGAAGCGAUAAAGAGGAGAGAAGAAGAGGAGCAAGAAGCCUGCAGGGCGGCGCUCUCACCGGAGUCUGGUGGUGGAAACAAAGGGAGCAUGGAAGAGGACCAGAGGUCGUGUUCUUCCUGCUGGUUUGUCUUCGCCAACUUCCUCCUGAAAUGGAACUGUUGUGGCUGCUGGCGGCGGCUCAAACAGCGGCUCUACAUCUUCAUCACAAGCCCGUUCUUCGACCUCGGGGUCGUCAUCUGCCUCAUCGUCAACAUCGUCUUCAUGUGUUUGGAGCAUUAUCCAAUGACGGAGCGCUUCGACAGGACGCUGACUGAAGCACAGCUGGUCUUCACAAUGAUCUUCAUAGCUGAGAUGUUCCUCAGAGUCGUGGCCAUGGACCCGUACGGAUACUUCCAGGUGAGCUGGAACGUCUUUGACAGCAUCAUCGUCUUCAUCAGCCUGCUGGAGCUGUCUGUCUAUGACAGUCUUCGCUGGUUAUUAGUGAUGAGAGUGUUCAGGCUGGCCAGGUGGUGGCCGUCCUUCCACAUGUUGAUAAAGAUCAUCGGGACCUCGUUGAGGGCUCUGAGGAACCCGACCCUCCUUCUGCUCAUCAUGGUCUUCAUCUUCAGCGUGGUCGGCAUGCAGCUGUUCCAGCAGGACUACAAAGACCACGUCUGUCGCAUCUCAGCAGACUGCCUUCUUCCUCGUUGGCAGUUUACGGACUUCUUCCACUCGUUCCUCGUCGUCACCAGGGUCCUGUUUGGAGAGUGGAUUGAGAUCACCUGGGACUGCAUGGAGGUCUCGGAUAAGACCACGUGUCUGAUCUUCUUCUCGAUGUUCCUCGUCAUCGGAAACCUGCUGGUCCUGAAUCUGUUCCUGACCUUGCUGCUGAGCUCGUUCAGCACUGUUUGUCUGCUGGAUCCAGAAGAAGAACAACGCAUCCUGCAGAUCACUAUCAGGCGGAUCAAGAGGGCUUUGGGGACUUUACUGGGAAAGAACACACAUGUGAACCCAGACCACCCAGAGGUAGACAAGAAGGAAGUCACCAGGAAGAAGUAUCUGGACUUUACCUCUGUGGCCUCAAAGCCGCCGGUGUCAGAGGUCAAGGACCUCAACGGUGACCAUGGAUCCCAGAGGGUCCCCACCGCUGGGUCCAAGAAAGCCUCUGAAGAGGAAGAAGAGAAAAAAGUAAACUGUUUUCAACGAUAUUUAACUUCAUAAUAUAGACAGUUCACAUGCUAACCCAGCAGGUCUUAAUCCCUGUAGUGAUGCUGACCCAGCAGGUCUUAGUCCCAGUAGUGA